CGAAACCGAGAAGGCAGCCAUGUAUCUGGAGCUCUUUGCGAUCCUCCUGACGACCCUCUUCGCAUGGGACUAUUUGCGAAACAGGCGCCACAACCGGAUGUACGCCGCCGCCGGAAUCCGGGGACCCAGGCGCUAUCCUCUGGUGGGCAAUGCUCCCAUGAUGAUCAAGGAGUCACCCAAAACUGUGUUCGAUCUGCAAUUCCGACUGAUUGCAGAGUUCGGCAAGAACAUCCAAAUCCAGAUGCUGGGGGAACGCGGCUUCAUGACCGCCGAUCCCAAGAUGAUUGAGGCCAUCAUGAGCAGCCAGCAGACCAUCCAGAAGAACAACCUUUACGGACUGCUCGUCAACUGGCUGGGCGAUGGCCUGCUCCUCAGCAAGGGAAAGAAGUGGUUCCGCCGCAGGAAGAUCAUCACACCCGCCUUCCACUUCAAGAUCCUGGAUGACUUUGUGGAGGUCUUUGACCAGCAGAGCGCCAUUAUGGUCCAGCAGCUCUACGCUCGGGCGGAUGGCAAGACGGUGAUCAACAUGUUCCCAGUGGCCUGCUUGUGCGCCAUGGACAUCAUUGCGGAGACGGCGAUGGGUGUGAAAAUCAACGCCCAGCUUCAGCCGGACUUUCCCUACGUUCAGUCGGUCAAGACUGCCUCUGCCAUGUUGGCUGAACGCUUCAUGAAUCCCCUGCAGCGUACGGAUCCCUCCAUGAAGCUCUUCUAUCCCAAAUUGUUCACCAAGCUGAAUGACUCUGUGAAGGGCAUGCACGAUUUUACCAACACGGUAAUCACUGAGCGACGCGAUCUCCUCCAGAAGUCGAUUGCCAAUGGAGAAGAUGCCAACGCUGCCCUCCUGAACGACGUGGGUCAGAAGCGCCGCUUGGCCUUGCUGGACGUGCUCCUGCAGUCCUCCAUCGACGGAGCGCCCUUGAGCAACGAGGACAUCCGCGAGGAGGUGGAUACCUUCAUGUUCGAGGGCCACGACACUACGACCAGUAGCAUCGCUUUUACCUGCUACUUGCUGGCUCGUCAUCCGGAGGUUCAGGCUCGCGUCUUCCAGGAGAUCCGCGAUGUCAUCGGUGACGACAAGUCCGCUCCAGUGAGCAUGCAGCUCCUGGGCGAACUCAAGUACUUGGAGUGCGUUAUCAAGGAGUCGCUGCGACUAUUUCCCGCGGUGCCGCUCAUCGGACGCCACAUCACCCAGGACACUGUGCUCGAUGGCAAGCUCAUACCGGCCAACUCCGACGUGGUCAUCCUUAUUUACCAUGCCCAGCGCGAUCCGGACUACUUCCCCGAGCCGGAGAAGUUCCAGCCGGAGCGUUUCAGCAUGGACCGCAAGGGCGAGAUCAACCCCUUCGCCUACACUCCUUUCUCCGCGGGUCCGAGGAACUGCAUCGGCCAGAAGUUCGCCAUGCUGGAGAUGAAGAGCACGAUCAGCAAAAUGGUGCGACACUUUGAGUUGCUGCCUCUCGGCGAGGAUGUCCAGCCGGUGCUGAAUCUAAUCUUGCGUUCCUCCACGGGUAUUAAUUGCGGCAUCAAGCCACGAGUCUAUUAGGGGUUCCUGUGGUGGUCUUCAUUUUUUUUUAAAUAAUUUUAAGGAAAGGGCUUUGUAAAUAUUUCAAUAAACUACUUGUACUUAGUAAUAUCCAGUGAUGGUGAGCAUUUUUUUUGGAGUUGAGGUAUACUAUUAAAUUAUUAAGGAAACAAUAAAAUAAAAAAGUUCAAUUCCGAAUAGAAAAAGAAAUAGAUUAGAUUGGUAGACAGAUAGAUAGAUUGAUUAGAUUUUAUAAUUUUCAUAUGAUUUUUAAUGCAAAAGCACGACAAUAAAUUGAAUAU